CAGAGGGCGCUGUAACCACGUGUUCAUGACGUCAGAGAGGAAGCAGUAUGGCUGCAGUAAGGCGGUUUUAUAGAGCGGUGCAGGAUUUCACCGAAAUACUCAGGUAAACAGAAGAGAGCAGAGAUAAAAGCAUGGCGUCUCUGUCUCUCCGAGAGCGCACCAUCGCUGAGAACAGCCUGGUGGUGCUGCUGCAGGGUCUCCACGGCCAGGUGACCACGGUGGACCUGCGGGACGAGAGCACGGCCCGCGGGAGAGUCGUCAACGUGGACGCCUUCAUGAACAUCCGGCUGGAGAAGGUCCUGUACAGGGACAGGAAGGGGCGGGUCUCGGAGAUGGCCGACCUGUUCAUCACCGGGAGAAACGUCCGAUACGUCCACAUCCCUGAUCACAUGGACAUCGGGGACACCAUCCAGACCCAGCUGGACAAAAUACACCGCGUCCGGACCUUCGCCGACAAAGGAGGGAGGAAGGAGUUCAUCAGGAAGAAGAAAUGAAUAAAAUCAAUUAGCUGGACUUUUAUUUAGAGACUCUUUAUUAAUGGAUUUAAACCUUAGAGCUCUUCUUUCAUUGAAUCAAACUGACUUGUUCAUCGUUCUACUCAACACUUUGAAUCAAUUUGAUUCAGAUUCACUAAGGAAAUUUGUGUUUGGGUAGAUUUUUUAUUAAGUUCUUUGUUGUAUCGAUGCUUUUCGGCAAUAAAUCUUUUACAGUUGAAAA